CGGGCUCUUCCCUCCUGCUCUUGGUGGUCUGUACUGUCGACGACAUGGGCACCACCUGGAGGAACCCGGGACGCGUGCGGUUCGCGCUCUGCCUCGCCGGCUUCGCGCUCUCACUGUACGCGCUGCACGUGAAGGCGGCGCGCGCACGCGACGAGGACUACCGCGCGCUCUGCGACGUGGGGACCUCCAUCAGCUGUUCACGCGUCUUCUCCUCUCGGUGGGGCCGUGGCUUUGGGCUGGUGGAGCGUGUGCUAGGAGCCGACAGCGUCCUCAACCAAUCCAACAGCAUAUUUGGUUGCAUGUUUUACACCACACAACUGUUGUUAGGUUGCUUGAGGGGACGUUGGGCUUCCGUCCUCCUGGUACUGAGUUCCCUGGUGUCCCUCGCUGGUUCUGUCUACCUGGCCUGGAUUCUGUUCUUUGUGCUCCACGAUUUCUGCAUCGUUUGCAUCACCACCUAUGCUAUCAAUGUGGGUUUGAUGUUGCUUAGCUUCCAGGAGGCGCCAGAACACAAGGCCAAAAAGCACUGAGAUCCCACCUCGUGCCAGCCUAACGUAACCUGCUUUGCCUUGGCACAUGAACCUUGCUCAAGAGGGUCAUGUGUGGGUCCGUAGAAGGCCCUACUCCUUACAUUCCAGUCCCCUCCAUAACCACACAUAGGACAAUGACCAGACGUGCCUCUAAGUUCUCUUCUCAAGGACUGCUUCCUGCUCUUGGCUAAAGAGAAUGGUUUUGAACAAUAAAUUUUCCUAAGUUG